AUGUCUGAAGCAUACAAGAAGUAGAAGAUAGAUUCAUUUGAUUAUUAUGAUCCACCUGAGAAUUAUUAGCCACCUGUGCAACAAUUAGAUCAAAGCAAAGUGAUUGAGGCUUACAAAACUUUGAUUAUGUUGAAAAACCAUAUGUUUAAAGUGAAUCUUCUACUUUCCCAUGAGGAAGAGAGUUCAACAAUAGCAGAAUUAAAAAACAUCAAGGAUGAAUUGGUAUUAGCAAAGGAGGCACAAGAGAAAGAAAUAGCAUCAUUACAAAAGACUCAAGACAAUUUAUUUAGUGUAAAUAGACUCAAUGGAGAAGAUAUUGAUAAAUUAGCUAAGGCAUAUCAUGAAUAGGAUAGAAAAUGGUACAAUGCCAAACUCAUUUAGAUAGAUACAGAGGAAUAAGAAGCUGACAUCUAAUUUAUUGGUUAUUAAGAGGUAGUGAAAAUGCAUGCCAUUUUUAUUAAAGUUCAACCUAUUCCAGAUAGUAAAUUAUUUACAGUGGGAUAAUAAUGCGAAGCAAUAUACUCCUCAGACGGUCGUUACUAUUUAGGAGCAAUCGAAAAAGUAACUGAAGAAGGGUAUCACAUAAGAUUUAAGAAAAAUUCAAAUAGGGAGAUUGUUCCUUUAAUUUAUCUAAGGGAAGCUAAGAAAUAGUUAAAUGAUUCUAAAAAGAUGAAUUUCGAAGAGAUGGAUGAAUUUCAAGUUCCUGAUAACUUGAAAUAUCUGCCUACUGAUAAUGAAUAGUAGAGAUAGGCAAAAAAGAAGAAAAUCAAGGCAAUGAAACAAACAUUCAAAUUAUCUAAAAUUACUAAGUAUGCUCAAGAGAAAUAAUCAUCUUGGCAGUCUUUUGCCUAGAAGAUUUCAACUAUCAAGCCAGAUCUGGGUUAGAAGGCAGAAAGCAUUUAUAGAUAAAAAUGUGAUUAGUUGAAAGAAUGA